GUAAGCCAAACGUCACACUUCCGACCGCACCGUGAGCCUGAACCGAGUCCGCCGCCGGAGAUCCGCCUUCCGCAGACUGCAGCGAGCGCACAAGGCGGAGAGAUCCCGGACGGAUCCAGAUGUGUUACUGUUAAUGUAAGCAAUCAUUCCGCGCCGAACUCAGGGAAUCAAGCGCCAUGGCUCGGGUCGGUAACGGAGCGGACGGCGCGGAACCGGAGGAGGACUGUUUUGAAGAUGCUUUUGAUCGCAUUCCAGUGGCGUCUAAGAUGGAUCUGCGUACAUCUAUAGAGGAGUGCAGCAUGGCUCUGAACCUGGUCCUCAACAACAAGUUUUCUGAAGCGCUGGAUCUGCUCAGACCCUGGUGUAAGGACAGCAUGUAUCACGCUCUGGGCUACAGCAGUAUUCUGGCCAUGCAGGCCACCAUGACGUUCGAGCAGAAAGACAUCCAGGCCGGGAUGACCACCAUCAAAGAGGCCUUACAGACCUGCCAGAGGUUUAGGAAAAAAAACUCUGUGGUGGGGUCCAUCUCCAGCCUGAUGUCCAAACAGUCUCCAGACAGCCUGAAAGCAGAUGAGAUGCAUGCGGAGAUCUGCUAUGCUGAGUGUUUGCUGCAGAAAGCCACGCUGACAUUCAUACAGGAUGAAAACAUGAUCAGUUUUAUUAAAGGAGGAAUCAAAAUACGCACAAGUUAUCAAAUCUACAAGGACUGCCAGAGUUUAUUGAACAUGUCUCAGGGAGUGGGCGGAGACAGGGAGGCCUUCAGACAGUUUGAGGGCGGAGUCAAGCUGGGGAUUGGCUCCUUCAACCUGAUGCUGUCUUUACUACCUGCACGAAUCCUGCGACUGCUGGAGUUUAUCGGCUUCUCAGGGAACAGAGAGUUUGGUUUGUUGCAGCUGCGGGACGGCGCUGGCAGCCACAGUCUCAGAUCCGUCCUGUGUGUGCUGACGCUGCUCUUCUAUCACACUUACGUCAGUCUGAUUCUGGGCACUGGUGAGGGGAAUCUGGUGGAGGCCGAGGCUUUAUUAGAGCCCUACAUAGAGCGAUUUCCACAGGGUUCAAUCAUUCUGUUUUACUCGGCUCGCACCGCGUUACUGAGGGGAAACUUUGAGAAGGCACAGGUGAAGUUCCAGGAGUGUAUCUCCACACAGCAGCAGUGGCGUCAGAUCCAUCAUCUGUGUUACUGGGAGCUGAUGUGGUGUCACACGUUCCAGCAACAGUGGAGAGACGCGUAUCGAUACGCAGACCUGCUGUGCCGAGAGAGCCGCUGGUCUAAAGCCAUCUACGUCUAUCAGAAAGCUGCCAUCCUGAGCAUGAUGUGUGAGGAGGAGCUGAAGACGAGCGGAGAGGACGUGGUGGAGCUGUUCAGGCAGGUGGAGGGACUGAAGCAGCGGCUGGCCGGGAAAUCCAUCCCUACAGAGAAGUUCGCUGUCAGGAAAUCACGCAGAUACUCGUCAGCCACACCUGUUAAACUGGUGAUUCCUGCGCUGGAAAUGAUGUAUGUGUGGAACGGCUUCACUAUAGUUGGAAAACGUGCAGAUGCCACUGAGAGUUUACUGAUCACCAUCGAGAGAGCAGAGGAGCAGCUGCGCAACGAUCCCAACCCGUCUGAGUUCCACCCUGACGAUCAGUGUCUGGUUCAGAUGUUGAAGGGUUUGUGUUUGAAGCAUCUGGGCCGACUGCUGCAGGCUGAGCUCUGCUUCACACAGGUGCUGAGCAGUGAGAAGCGCAUCCGUUAUGAUCACUAUCUGAUCCCCUUCACUCUCUAUGAGCUGGGCUUACUCUACAAGCAGCAGGGCGAUUACAUCAAAGCCACGCGCUACAUCGAGGACGCCAAGUUGAAUUAUAAGGACUAUUCAAUGGAGUCUCGUCUUCAUUUCCGCAUCCACGCGGCUCUCAGCAGUCUGAAGGGUUCUCCGACAAACUCUCCGUGAUGAGCCGACGAUCAGCACUGACUCCCGAAGAACACAAGCACAUCACGACCGUCACCGAAGCACCAAAGCUAGUGUACCUCGAACCGGAAGAUUUGAACUCUUAUUUGUCCUCGUAGUUUAAAUACAGUCUUACGUUUGUUCAGCUAAUCAGACGGCUGAAGAAAGUCGCUGACGUCCAAUCAGAAAACAGAUGCUGUAAUGAAUGUAUCGUUAUAUUUUAAAGACCAAAUAUGUUUGUC